GGUAACCUGCGUGUCCCCUCGACGCACGAAAAUAACCCGCAACAUCAUCCCCAAAUUUUCUACGCUUUUUCCACUUGAAAAAAAGAGGCCAAACAAUUUUUCCACCCCAAGUGCACGGGGUCGAGGUGUUCAAUAAGUGUUUCCGUCUGCAUCAAGCCCACCCUAUGGCAGUGGAAAUGGUCAGGUGUGCGUCAGACACGAGUGAUGAUGUACCCACCUGUGCCGGAACGUGAAAUCAAUUCUCGGAUUUUUCAUGACAAUAGGUGAAAUUUUUUUUCACAGUGGUUUGAUGAAUACAAAAUGCUCGUCGAGAUGGUCAGACUCUCGUAUCAACACCGGGCAUUUUACUGCUAUAUUAUACUAACCAUAUGGAUAUUUCUCCUUGUUGCUGGCAUGUACAAGUACAUAGGAACAGACGAGAAGAGUUCAUUGCAAAGUAAACAAAGUAGUGAUCUUCCAAUUCGUGAGUUUGCACGUCACCUUAAGCCUGAUGUCAAGAAUAAACGAAUCUUCAAGCUCUGUAAUUCGGUGGAUGAUAUUAACAUUGGAGCUGAAGGUAAAAUCGACGCAAAUUUGACCCUGGAAGGUGUAAUAAUUCUCAUCAGACACGGUGACAGAGGUCCCUUAUCACAUAUCAGAAACAUCAGCACAGUGAAUUGUGCAGGCGACUUCUCGCUGAACCCCCGCCUGGAGACAGUCUACCAGAGCUACCAAAAUUUUCUGGAGAACGCUUCCCUGUACUCCCGAAACGCCUGGGCCCAGUUUCUGGGCCCUUUCCACGGGUUCCCAAUGCUCCCGGCGAACACCAGAGACUGCAAAAUCGGGGAACUCACGACUCUGGGGAUCGGCCAGCUCCUGAAGACCGGAAUGCUCCUCAGAAACGCCUACUACGAUAAAUUGAAGCUCCAGAACUCCUCGAUCACCUCCAAAGACGUCGUCGUGUACAGCACUAGGUACAGGAGGACUGUGCAGAGUGCAGUGGCCCUUCUGUACACUUUUCUGGAGGAGAAUGGCUUUCAGAACCUCGGGAAAAUCAGCAUGAGGGAAGUCUCGAGUUUUACAUUUUGCAAUAGCGAUUGCGCCUGUCCUGCUGCUGAGAAAUACUCGAAGCAGUUCAGUAAGGAAACAUCGGACCGCUUGAAAUCCCAUCCGGCAGUGACAAACCUGAUAAAGCAGGCAGCCAACGUGGUCUUCGACAUUCCUGAGGACUCUCCCAAGCCCAACAGCCUGAGGGACGCCCUCCUCACCUACAUCUGCCACGGGGCGAGUCUCCCCUGCGUGGACUUCGACAAUUCCCAGAGGAGUUGCGUCAAAACCGAGCACGUGACAGGUCUCUUCGCCUACACCGAGUGGGAGUCCCGCAUAAACAUGAAGAGCCUCACCAGGCGGAAGCACGGCCUCCUGCGAGCCUACGGCCUCCUCAAGACCAUCGUCUCCCACAUGAUGCAGAUCGUCUCAGAGUCCAAACCCAAAGUCGUCCUCUUCUCGGCUCACGACAAGACCCUGGAGUACCUGGCAAUCGCCCUGGGGAUCGUUUCGGAUCACGUUGUGCUGCCCCAUUAUGCCUCGAGGCUCGUCAUCGAGAUCUGCAGGGCCAAUCCCAAGAGCGAGAGCCACAAUCCCAACGAUUUCUACUUCAGGGUCCUUGUCAAUGGCAGGGACGUCACUCAGACCAUCCCCUUCUGCAAGAACUCCAACUAUUACAGUGCCAGCUAUGGGGACAGGAACGACGAGGGCGAGUGGUACAGGAAGGAGUACAAAUUGUGCUCGAUCGAGUCCAUCAUCAGGCAGCUGCAUGACGACUACUUUGCGCCGUUCAAUGCCAGCAAUUUUAAGGAUGCCUGCUCCGGGCGCUAAUGGGGACCAGGGAAUAUGCCUCUUCAUCGGGAUUUUUAGAAUUUUUUCGGAUAUUAUUUUGUUGGUGGGAGGAAAUUUAUGUGGAGUUCUUUUUUGAGAAUUUUAAGGAAAUUAGUCGAGGAAAAAACUUUAAGAACAAUAUUUUCCGCGUGUUUUUUCCUCAUUAGAGAUUCGAAUUUUUUCUAUUCGAAAAAUCAACUUUUGAGAAAUUCCCGAAGAAUUUUUUUAAUAGUUUUUUAAAUAUUAUCACUGAUUUUUACUAUUUAAUUAUGAAAAAUACGGGCAAGAUACAUUUUCAAGUCCAUUGGUCAACUUGAAAAAAUAUUUUUAAAAAUCAGUUAUAAGUAUCGAUUAGAAUGAGUGAAUUUCCACAAAAGAAUUUUAGAUCAUAUUUAAAAAACUAUUUCGAAAAAAAAUACAUUGGGGAUUUUUGUUGAGUUGAAAAAUAAAAAUACAAAACAAUUUUUUUUCAUUUUUAAAAAUUAGUUAUUCCUGAGAUAAUUGCAUUUUUGUAAUUAAGAAAAUGGAUAUCUUCUUUUAUCGAUCAUCAAAUGUUUAAUUAUCGUAUGGAUGAUCUCGUAUCAAAUCCAAUCGAGAUAAUUGAAUAUUGGGAUGAAAAAGAAUGGAUAAAGUUAGUUUCUGAAGAUUUCCCAUCAAUAAUCCCCUAAAUAUCAAUUACUCUCGCCUGCAAACCCCUCGCAGAUACGUAUAUUUUCUAGAAAACUCCUCAGAUGAACUAUUUCUACCUGUAAAUAUGUAAAUACUCUAUCAAAAAAUGUUAAUUAUUUUCAAGAGUAUACGUGAGAGUGACUUUGUUGAUUUCCGAUUGAACCUAGACGCUAGAACGUACAAAUAACUGUCUUAGAUUGGACUAAAAGCCCCAGGCACUCUUUCUACCGUAGAGAAAUCAUGAUUAAUCAACGAAAACUGUCAAUAGUGCAACUCCGUCAUUAAAAAAUCAACGAAAUAGUGGAAAUAAAGUAUACAAACGUCUUCUCAUGAAUUCAAUUUUAUUAUUCAAUAAGGUAACAUUUCAUUCUAUUCACAGUUGUAAAAAAGGAACACGACCUA